AAGUUGAUUUAAGAAGGCAUUUGGAAUUUCAAUAACGCAGAAGAAUCAAUAUGGCAGAAGGAUCGAAGUCAGUCAAUUUAGCGUCUCUUAGUUUGGAGCAACUAGCAGAAGUUAUUAAGCAACUUAAUACUGAACUCGAAUACCUAUCGAGUUCAUAUGCUCAGUUAGGGCGUGCUCAUGUAAAAUUUCUUGGUUGUCUUAAUAGCAUAAAGGAAACAGUAAAGGCGGAAAAUGAAGAGCGUGAUAUGCUUGUUCCUCUUACAACUAGUCUCUAUGUACCGGGCAAGUUAAAGCUCGGCAAUAGAAAAGUGUUGAUAGAUAUUGGAACAGGAUACUUUGUUGAAAAGAGCGCACCUGAUGCGAUUGAGUACUAUCAAAGAAAAUGUGAAUAUCUACAAAACAGCAUUGAGAACAUUGGCAGUGCUGUUGAAGCCAAGUCCUCUCAAAUACGAGCUGUUCAAUCCGUCAUGCAACAAAAAGCUACUGAUCAAAACAUGAAGAGCGCUCCGGCAUCAGCGUAGAUUUGGUUAGAUUGUAUGAUUGUCAUGAAAUAUAUUACGGAAAACUGACUUUUCAUGGCCUUUUGGCGUUAUGCAUGAAUGAAAACAAUUUAGUUUUGAUCAACAGGAGGAUAGUAAGUAUUCGUAGAGGAUUCAUCAGCUAUGCUUUUG